UAGCAAACUGCUGGGGCCACCGUCUCCGUUUCCCUAGAUGGCCUCGUCCGCCUCCCUUUCCUCCCAUGCAGUCCGCACGGGCGACCUCGUCGACCUCGUCUCCUCCUCCUCAUCCGCAACCAUCUACCCCAACGACGAUGCCAUCCUCGCAGUCCUUAACACCCGUUUCCGCGCCAACCUCCCCUACGCGCGCAUAGGAGCCACAAACCUCGUCGUCGUCAACCCUUACAAGACCCUCUCCAACGUCAACGAUUCCACAGCGCGCGAGUACGAGGAGCGCUGCUACAAGGAGACACCCCAGGGCGGCGCAGGGGGUUCAGCGGCCAGCCCAAUGGCCAACAGGGUCCUUCAACCCCACGUGUAUGAGAUGGCCGCACAGAUCUACCUCCUCAUGCGUAGACGCGGCGAGAGCCAAGCCGUCGUCAGCCGUGGCAUCACGGGCUCCGGCAAAUCCUCCACAAAUCGCCUCCUCGUCGACCAGCUCCUUCGGCUCUCGGCGCACUCCAAGAAGGAACAACGCAUCGCCAGCCAGAUCAAGUCCUUUGAGACCCUCCUCGACGCCUUCGGCAACGCCAAGACCGCGCAGAACCCCAACGCCUCCCGGCAUACCCGCUACCUUGAACUCCACUUCACCGACAAGGGCCGCAUCGACGCCGCCAAGGUCCUCGCGUUCGCCCUCGACAAAUCCCGCGUCGGAAGGUUGGCGCAUGAAGAGCGCUCAUUCCACAUCUUCUAUCAGCUCCUCGCGGGCGCAACCGCGGGCGAGCGCGACCAUUUCGGGCUCGAAGACCCGUCGGACUACGCGCUCCUUGCGAGCUCGGGGUGCUACAGACUUCCAUAUGGCCCGUUCAGCGACGACGCGAUCGCGCUCGAAGACGUCCGCGACGCGAUGCGCACGCUUGGGUUCAAGACCAAGCACGUAAACGCCAUCUUCACACUCCUCGUCGCCAUCCUGCUGUUGUCCAACGUCCAGUUCACGGAGGCGGACCACUCGGAUGUUGCCGCGUACGUCGCGAACCCGCACGUGCUCGAGCAAGCCGCGCGUUUCUUGGGUGUCCAGAGCGAAGACCUCACGCAGGUGCUGACGAACAAGACGAACUAUGUCCGCAAGGAGGUGUAUACGGUGUUGUUGAACGUGGAGCAGAGCGCGGUGCAGAGGGAUAGCUUCAUCCGCGACCUUUACGCUAUCUUGUUUGCAUAUGUUGUCGAAACGGCCAACCACAAGCUUGCGCCCUCGAACCGUGAUCAAGGGGCCGAGCAGCAGUCGCGCCCCUCCCUGUCGCUCAGCCUCAGUGGCGCGGGCGGCGUUGGCCACGGUCGCGCGACGCAGAUUGCGAUCCUUGACCAGCCGGGCUUCCAGACGCGCGGCGCCGCGGGCACGCACAGCAUGGUUUUCUCUGGGACCGCACCUCUCCUCUCCCACCUCGGACAGAACGCGUUCGACGAGUUUUGUAUCAACUUCGCGGACGAGACCGUUCAGUCCUAUGUCCUGCGGCACACGUUCGAAGACGCGGUGGGCUACAACGCGCACGUCACGGGCGAUGGUGUCUCCCUCCCGGCGGUCGCGACGAUGGACAAUGGCGCGUGCGUGGAGCUGCUACGCGGGGCUUCGCUCUCCGAGCGCGCGAGCAAGAAGCCUGGAGGCGUUGUCGGUGUUCUCGGGAAGGCUGGAUCGGCGUACAGGAGCGGCAAGUCCGGCGAGCGCAAGGACGACGAUCUGCUGCAGGAUCUGGUCGGCAAAUUCGGCGUGCACGGCUCGUUCAUCGCCGCGCCGCACGCGGGGGACGCCGCGAUGUCGGACAGACACACGUUCGCGAUCAACCACUACGCGGGGCAGGUCGCGUACGACGUGCGCCAGUUCAUCGAGAAGGACGCGGACCUCGUCGACGCGGCGUUUGUGACGCUGCUCCGGGCGUCGCAGGACGCGUUUGUGAGCAAGCUGGUGUCGGGCCCGAGUCUCGCGGCGGAAAGGCACAGCAAGGACGAGGGCAUCAUCGUGCAGGCGCAGGUGUCGAGCCGCCCGCUGCGCGCGCCGUCGUCGCUCGCGCAGGCGACGGCGGGGCUCGCGGAGGCGGAGCAUCCCCGGCUGGACCCGGCCAAGAUCUACGGGGUCAGCACGCAGGUGAACCAUGCGCUGAGCGAGGUGCUGCUGGGUGCGAUGGACCAGGUGCCCGGGAGCAAGAUGUGGACCGUUUCGUGUAUACGGCCGAACGACUCGGGGAGCGCGAAUUCGUUCGAUAAGCGCCGUGUGAAGGCGCAGGUGCGCGCGCUUCUGCUUCCGGAUAUCGUGGCGAGGAGGAGUGUGGAGUAUGUUGCGGAGUAUGAGCAUGCGACGUUUUGUGCGCGGUAUGUUGGGCCGCGCGCGCAGGGCACGGAAGAGGAGAAGAUUAAGGCGUUGUGUGCGCAGAAUGGGUGGCGCGAGGGGACGGAGUAUGCGGUUGGCUUGAGGUGUGUGUGGUUGAGCUAUGGCGCGUGGAAGGCGCUCGAGGACGGGGUGCGCGCGGCGGAGAAGAGCAUGCGCGGGACGUGGGAGGACGAGUCCGACUCCGAGGAGGCAGGUGGGAGGGACGACACGACGGAGUAUACGGGCACGGGCCACGGCGAUGUCGGAAUGGGCGCGCCGAGAGGGGGUCCGUUUAUGGAUGAGAGCAGGGAUAACCUGUUGUUGGCGAGGACGGGUACGAACGGGACGGGAUACCAGGACCCGAACGACCAGUACGCGCACCAGGGUCUGCCGAGUCCGAGUCCGGGGCAGGUGCCGGCGUAUACCGACAACGAUGAUGGAUGGGGAGCGUCCGACUGGGACAAGAAGACGCCCGGUGGGCCCGGUGGUGGGCCGCCGGGGGCAGGGACGAUGAACUUUACGACGAAGGAGCUUACGGCGGCGAACACGAACACGGUCGAGGAGCUGCCAACGACGCGCUCGCGCAAGUACUGGCUCCUGCUCGUUCGCCUGUCCACGUGGUGGCUGCCGGGCUUUUUGCUGCACCACGUCGGGCGGAUGAAGCGGCCGGACGUGCAGCUCGCGUGGCGCGAGAAGCUGACGCUCUGCCUCAUCAUUUUCCUCCUCAACGCGGUUAUCAUCUUCUACAUCAUCGAGUUCGGCCGCUUGCUGUGCCCCAAUUUCGACAAGGCGUGGAGCGCGGGCGAGGUCGCGCAGCACACAGGCGACAACGACUGGUGGGCGGCGGUGAACGGGGGCGUGUACGACCUCACGAACUUUAUCCACGGGCAGCAUUCGGACAUCCAGGGCAUCUCUUCGAACUCGAAGGCGAACCUGGACGUGCUCGCGGGGCAGGAUCUGACGGGCUACUUCCCGCCGCCGCUCGCGCUCGCGUGCCAGGGCUUAGUGACUCAGCCGACGCUGCAGCUGACGUCGAAGAACUUUACGGCGACGGUGCCGCAGGCGAUGCACAACUCGGGCAGCACGCAGAGCUCGCAGGGAACUGCGCUGGACAACAGCGAUUGGUACAGCGCGACUUUCUUGCCGAAGAUGAAGAAUUAUUACAAGGGCCCGCUUGUGGUAGAUAAGGGGGCCGUGUGGAGCGAGGCGCAGAGCCAGGAUAAUCCGAGGAUCUGGGCGAUCUACAACCAGAUGAUUUUCGAUCUCACGGACUAUGUCAACACGGUGCAGAUCAACCAGGGCGCGACGAGCAUGUACCAGUUCCUGGAUAAGAACAUUGUGAGCGUGUUCCAGGAGCAGGCCGGGCAGGACAUCACGAAGCCGCUGAACGCGGUGCUCGGCGGGCUCGAUUCGGCCACGCGCGAGUCGAACAUGGACUGUAUCUCGAAUGCGUUCACGGUCGGACAGGUGGAUUUCAGGAAGUCGGCCAGGUGCCAGGUGCAGAAUUAUCUGUUGCUGGUGUUUACGAGUAUUCUGUGCGGGAGUAUUGUGCUGAAGUUCUUUUCGGCGCUGCAGCUCGGCGGGAAGCAGAGCCCGGAGAUGCAGGACAAGUUCAUCCUCUGCCAGAUCCCGUGCUACACCGAGGGCGAGGACUCGCUCCGCCGGACGAUCGACUCGCUCGCGGCGCUCAACUACGACGAUAAGCGCAAGCUUUUGUUCCUCAUUUGCGAUGGAAACAUUAUCGGUUCGGGCAAUGACCGCACGACGCCGCGUAUUUGUUUGGAUAUUCUGGGUGUCGAUCCGAAGGUUGACCCCGAGCCGUUGAUGUUUAAGAGUAUCGGCGAGGGGAGUAAGCAGCUGAACUAUGGGAAGAUUUACUCGGGCUUGUAUGAGUUUGAGGGGCAUGUUGUUCCGUACAUGGUCGUCGUUAAGGUCGGCAAGCCCACGGAGCGCUCCCGCCCCGGUAACCGCGGCAAGCGUGACUCGCAAAUCCUCCUGAUGCACUACCUCAAUCGCGUACACUUCGAUGCACCCAUGUACCCGCUCGAGCUCGAGAUCUACCACCAGAUGCGUAACGUCAUCGGCAUCGACCCGGCCUUCUACGAGUACAUCUUCACUGUCGACGCCGACACGAUCGUCACGCCCGAAUCACUCAACCGGCUUGUCGCAGCUACUGCGGACGACUCGAAAAUCAUCGGCAUCUGCGGCGAGACGAAGCUGUUCAACCCCGAGGGCUCGUGGUGGACGAUGAUCCAGGUAUACGAGUACUACAUCUCGCACCACCUCUCCAAGGCGUUCGAGUCGCUCUUUGGCUCCGUCACGUGUCUGCCUGGUUGUUUCUCGCUGUACCGCAUCCGCACGGCAGACAAGGGAAGGCCGGUGAUCAUCUCGAACCGGAUCAUUGACGAGUACGCGGAGAACCACGUCGACACGCUGCACAAGAAGAACCUGUUCUCGCUCGGCGAGGAUCGGUUCUUGACGACGCUGCUGUUGAAGCAUUUCCCGACGUUCAAGACCAAGUUCAUCCCGCACGCGGUGUCGCACACGACGGCGCCCGAGUCGUUCCGCGUGCUGCUUUCCCAAAGACGUCGGUGGAUUAACUCGACGAUUCACAAUCUUGUGGAGCUGCUGGUCCUUCCGGAACUCUGCGGGUUCUGCUGUUUCUCGAUGCGGUUCUUUGUGUUUAUUGAUUUGCUGGGGACGAUUAUUUUGCCGGCUACGUUGUGUUAUCUCGUAUACCUGAUCGUUGUCGUUGCGACAGGCCAGGCUGCGCUUCCGGUCAUUUCGAUCAUUAUGAUUGGUAUCACGUACGGUUUACAGGCGAUCAUCUUCAUCAUCAAGCGCGAGUUUAUGCUUGUCGGUUGGCUAGUUGUGUACCUGCUCUCGUACCCGGUGUACGCCUUCUUCCUGCCGGUUUACUCGUUCUGGUGCAUGGACGAUUUCUCGUGGGGUAACACGCGCGUCGUCAUCGGUGAUGGCGGUAACAAGAAGGUCAUCAUGGCGGAGGAUGAGCGCUUCGAUGAGUCGAUGAUUCCUCUCAAGAAGUUCAGCGAAUACGAAGCGGAAGCUUGGGAGCACGGGUCUCAUCACUCUGACGGGACGGGUUAUCCUCACACGAUGUCUCAGCCACAAUUCCCUCGCUCACGUCCGGAGUCGCCGAGUAGCUACAAUCAACACGGUGGUGACUAUUACCGCGACACGAACCUGACCGCGAAUAACGCCUCGAACCCCAACAUCGCUCGCAGCAAGGGGGUACCUUCGAUGUACAGCGGCUCGCGUGCCGGCUCCAUGUACGACGGCCGGCAGCCGGCCAUGUCUCAGUUCCUGCCGCAGAUGCCAUUCAACCCCUUCGCUGGUGUCGGUCUUGGCGCUGGCUCGAUCACCGGGGGUUCCGAGUACGGCGGACACAACGGGAUGCCGUUCCCGGCGCCGCUUGGGUACCAACAGACGGGCAGCGUGUACGGGAUGAUGCCGCAGGACCCACGGGCAACGAUGAUGACGAACAUGAACAUGUUCUCGGGCUCGGCCUCUCAGCUUGGUGUGCCGGUUAUGGGUGCCGGUAUGGGCGGCGAAGGCGGAGGUGCGCGUCCGAUGUCGACGUUCUCGAUGGCGACGACAGUGAACCCCUUCGCUGGGCCGAACAUGAACGAGAACCCGACAGAUGACGAGCUGUUCUUGGCGCUCAGGAUCUAUCUGAGUACGCAAGAUCUGAUGACGGUCACGAAGAAGACCGCUCGCGAGGCGAUUGCAGCGAAAUUCCCCAAGGCAGACUUGGCCGCUCGCAAGGACUUCCUGAAUGAGUCGAUUGACAAGAUCUUGUCGCAGUCGUAGGAGUUCCUCUAACACGUGUGGAGUGCUCCUUGCUGUACGUGCUUGAUCUGUACAUACCAAAACAUCGCGCGAACUUCCAUCGGAGAACGCGCGCACCAACCUUCAUUUCAUCCGGAAACGAAACGACUUCGGAACACUCACCUUCAUUUCUCAAACUCGGACUUCCUACACAUCGCCGCACCCGUCAUAACAUGGAUGUACUCACUCAACCUCUUCUUCGGACUUCAUAUCAUCAUCACUAUAGCUCCUUUAGUCGUUCACGUCUACAUACAAUACGCGUUUGCAAAACUAUCUUCCCAGACUCCUAUGGUCUUCAUACUUUUCUCUUUUACCCUUCUUACGACUUUCUUGUGCAUGCGCAUGGACUAUACCUGGGGCAUUCUACUUGAUAUCAUCUUGGCCAUAAUCCUUGUGUUAGCUGGUCUGCGUCCUCGUGUCGGGUUGUGGGCUCUUUGACAAUAUAUUAGAU